CUCUUCGAGUUCAGCAUCCCCGAGAAGCAGUACACGGCCUGGAGCCGCAUGGUGCAGAACUGUGGGCUGCAUAGGGUCUGGCUGGAGAGGGACUCGCCCAUCACCCACAUCACCUUCAACCCUAAGAAGCCCUCGCAGAUCCUGCUCCAUGACCUCUACAUGUUCUGCAUCCUUGACAAGUCCCUGCCCUUGCCAGACAACAGUGCCCUCCUGAUGAACCAGAGCACCCUGAAGCAGCUCCCGGAGACAGCCAGGCAACGGCAGCUCCACGCCUUCAAGAUCUGCAAGAAGUUCCAGCCCCUGCUCUUCGCGGAUCUGCUGGAUGAGAACUGCCUCGUGGUGGUGGAGCGGCCCAUCAUGGACAUCAAGACCCAGCUGCCGCUGCCCGUCCAACAGAAGAAAUUCGGCACCUGA